AUGGAUACCGACAUGGCGUCAUUCGUUCCCGAGCAAGAAGAGAUGGAUAAGCGAUCGAGCGCACUAGUAGCGCCACUGAACAUUCAGAAGUCACCAAGAAGGUCGCGAUCGCGUGUCGGCCGGGGCGUUUUCGGUCACAGCAGGCAGUCGUCCUCAAGAGGAACUCUAUCGAGCCGGUCGCAAUCACAGAUAUCGCCUCCUCUAACACCCAAGACUUCCAGCGAGGCUAUGGCUCAACAGCAGCAGGAGCAGCAGCAUCCUCAACCCGUCUUCCACAACUACCUCCGCGCAUUUUACCAUUACAGCCCAAGCUCAACGGUAUCCUCGUCGACCGACGAAUCUUCCAUCACCGUCGCCAUCAACCAAGGCGACGUUAUCCUUGUUCAUUCCGUUCAUCCUAAUGGUUGGGCUGAUGGUACACUCUUAGCUUCAGGGGCCCGCGGGUGGCUGCCCACCAAUUACUGCGAACCUUAUGACAAUCCAAUAAUCCGGAACCUGUUGACCGCGUUAACGUAUCUCUGGGAUUUGGUGCGCGAUGGAGAGAAUGGCGAUCUCGGUGCAUUUUCGAGACAAGAUUAUGUAAAGGGCAUGAUUGUUGGCGUGCGCCUGUUUCUCGAAAGGACUGAAUGCUUGCAGAAAGACUCACGCCUCAUCCUCACCCAUGUAAGCUUACGGCGUAUGCGGAAAGCUCUCUUGGGAGAUUUGUCCACACUAGUCAAAACAGCCAAGACCUUGCAAGAGGCCUUGCAAUCGAACGAACUCCAGGUUCCCGUGUUCGAGCACAUGGACGAGCUUGUUUUCAAAUCAUUUAAGCUGGUCACCCGGGCCGUCCGGUUCCUCGACAUCUGGACAACGGACGCGGUGGCGCUGUCGCUUUUCGAGCUUGGCGACGCAAGUAGUCAUCGACCACUCACCCCGCCGUCCGACUCAGCCGACGCUGCUGUGGAACCAACAGAAACAUCAGCUCCUGCUGGCGAGAACAGACUUCUAGCGAACGGCUGCGACUCUCCAGUCACACAAGGUACACCGUCUGCACACGACGACUGGUACAGCGCAACCGCACACCCCUCACGAAACCUGAACCGCCUAUCGGUUGCCUUUUCUUUGCCUUCAGAGCCAGACUCUCUUCAAUCACCGGUACUGCCUUCGCGCUCAUCAGUCCAGUCGAAACGUAUUUCCGUGACGCACCGAUUGUCGUACACCGGUAAAUCAGCAAGUGCACGUAAAGGAAACUUAGCCACCGAGAAGCUGAACGCCGCACACGACGCUUUCUUGGGCUACAUUGGUUCUUUCAUCGGGCUGCACCUCCAAUCACGGUCUUCUGAAGAGCUCGCCCAGAUUACCCAACACUCCGUUGUUGCGUGUCGCCAACUACUCAAAGUCGUCGAAGAAGUAUGGGAACGAGACUCGCGAAGAUCCGAACAGCUGGAAGAAGCACGAGAUACCAUGUAUACCCGUUUGACCGACCUAGUGCAAGCGACCAAGGACAUGUUCGUGAAUGCCGACACUGAUGUUGAAGAGGUGGUAGCGCCCGAGGCAGGGAAGCAGAUCGUCGCUGCUGCCACAAGCUGUGUUCGCUCUGCUGGUGACUGUGUCACCAAAGCUAGAGUAGUGAUUGAGAGGAUUGGUGACUUCGAGUUUGAAGCUGAGCCUGCUGGUCUAGGGCUGUCAGAAACGAUGUUCAACGAGCCCGAUACGGAGAACCAAGUGUCCACGGUUAGGUCCGCCUCGCCGAAGCCUACGGAUACCGUUCUAGAGACGAACAAACCACUACCCGCUACGCCAAUUGAGCAACGUGAGAUGCCUCCACCACUAGUCAUCUCAGAAUCGAAGCCACUUCCUGAGGUGCCGCAACCCUCACCUCUCGAUACCAACAGACUCAGCCUUCAACCAUCGACCCAGUCCGUCAUUGUCGAGAGCCCAACUGCCGUGUCGUUCAGAUCGUCCCGAUCAUCGUUGCCUCCUCUCAAUGCGGUACCAACUCCGUCACUACCUCCGCCUCACGCAUCUGACUCCGUCGAGAGUCCCAUAAGCACGGCCCAGGAAAGUUUCGCCGGUUCUACUAAAACUGAUAGCAUCUACGUUUCUGUGAAUGACGGAAGCAGCACCUACUUCAGUGCCCAAGGUGAUUCUGGAAGCAUUCUUUCGCACACGUCGACACGUGCUACUACCCCAGAUCAUUCGCCUACGAAGAAGGAGAGUUGCCAGACUUUAAUCAGCAGUUUCGGCAGUUCCUCCGAGCUUCGAUCUUUAGCAAGCGAGGAUGUCGCUGCUGGCGAAGAGCACUUGUUGGAGACUACCUACGUGCAUGAAUUGAUCUAUAACAAGGAAGGUCAAAUCUCUGGCGGUUCCCUUCCAGCGCUCGUAGAGCAGCUGACCACUUUCGAGUCUACUCCAGACGUCAUCUUCGUCAACGCCUUCUAUCUUACUUUCCGUCUCUUCACAACACCGCUCGAUCUGGCGCAGUGCCUUAUCGACCGUUUUGACUACAUCGGCAGCAGUCAGACAGUUGGAGUUCCGGUCCGUCUCCGUGUCUAUAAUGUCUUCAAGGGUUGGCUAGAAAGCCAUUGGUGUGGCGAGAGUGACUCUGCUGCUCUGGGCGUGAUCCUUGCGUUUGCAACUGGAAAGCUCCGUGCAGCCAUGCCUGCUGCUGGCAAAAGACUCGCCGAACUGACUUCCAAGGUGACAGAAGUAAGGGCCGGAGCUCUUGUACCUCGCUUGGUGUCUUCAAUCAGCAAGACGGGUGCUUCAAACUCAGCUUUCACCCUUGCUGAUAGCAACGUUCCGUCACCAAUUGUAACCAAGAGCCAACUUAACGCCUUGCGAGGUAGUAAAGAGGGCAGAACGCAGUGCAGCAUCCUGGACUUCGAUCCUCUAGAGCUUGCCAGACAGUUCACCAUUAUCGAGUCGAGGCUCUUCUGUGCCAUUCAGCCCGAAGAGCUCCUUGCCUUGGAAUGGACAAAGAAGAAAGAUUCCAAGGCUCGCAACGUCAAAGCGAUGUCAACUCUCUCGACCGACCUGGCAAACUUGGUUGCCGAUACCAUUUUGCAGCUUGAGGAUGCAAAGAAACGCGCAGUCGUUAUCAAACAAUGGGUCAAGGUUGCGGCGAAGUGCUUGGAGCUCAACAACUACGACUCAUUAAUGGCCAUCAUCUGCUCGCUCAACUCUUCCAUGGUCAUGCGUCUCAAGCGUACCUGGGAGCUUGUAUCUGCAAAGACCAAGACUCGUUUAGACGAACUCAAAGCGAUUACCGACGUGGGACGCAACUAUGCGGUGCUCCGACAGCGUCUGCAGAACCACAUCGCGCCAUGCAUUCCGUUCGUCGGCAUCUAUCUUACCGAUCUUACUUUUAUUGAUGUCGGAAACGGCACCACGCGACAGCUUCCUGGUGACUCUGGUUCUGACAGCGUCUCUGUCAUCAACUUCGACAAACACAUGAAGACAGCCAAGAUCAUUGGUCAGCUUCAAUCAUUCCAAGUUCCUUACCGGCUAGCUGCCAUCCCAGAGAUGCAGGAAUGGAUGGAGAGCCAGAUCCAGCGAAUGCACGCAAGCGAUCAGGCCAAUGUCCAAAGCUAUUACCGUCGAUCGCUGCUUCUCGAACCGCGAGAGGCACAGCACUCCGUAAGAGGCUCACCAUCUAUUGACAACAGUGCGCAAAGCACCUUUUCGGCAGAAAGCCGAACCAAUUCGAAAGAUAAGUUCGAGUUUCUGAACUUCAACUUCUCCACCGCGAACCUGAAGGGUUCAUAG